AUAUGACACUGCUUUCAACUAUUCGCUUUCUUUUUCUCUGCUUUCCUAUCACACCCAAAAUCCAAACAACAAAAAUGGCGACUUCAGCUGGGACGCCCACUUCACUUUCCUUCUUCUCAUCCUCCCUUUUCCUCUCCUCUCCGACCACCAAACUCCCCACCAGCUUUUCCCUCCCUUUCAAAACCUCCUCAAAACCCAACUUUUCCAUUUCUUCCCAACUUUCCACUCUCCCCAUUUUAUCCUUUACCGGCAAAAAAAUCGGCGAAACCUAUCUCGACCUUAAGUCGGCCCUACCUGAAACCGCUCGAGCCGUCGUUCACCGAGCAAUCAUCACGGACCAACAAAAUAAGCGUCGUGGCACCGCCUCCACCCUCACCCGUGGUGAAGUUCGAGGUGGCGGGAAAAAACCCUAUCCCCAAAAGAAAACCGGUCGGGCACGUCGUGGGUCUAUGCGCACCCCACUCCGGCGGGGCGGUGGUGUUAUCUUCGGACCCAAGCCUAGAGACUGGUCAAUUAAAAUCAACAAGAAAGAGAAAAGACUGGCGAUUGCAACGGCAUUAUCCAGUGCUGCCGAGAACACAAUAGUUGUGGAGGAAUUCGGGGAUAAAAUCGAGAAACCAAAGACGAAAGAGUUCAUUGAGGCGUUGAAGAGGUGGGGAUUGGACCCGAAGCAGAAAUCGAUGUUUUUGAUGAUGGAAGUGCCGGAGAAUGUGAGUAAAUCAAGUCGAAAUAUCGGGACUCUGAGAAUGUUGACGCCGAGGACCCUUAAUUUGUUUGACAUUUUGAAUUGCGAUAAUCUGGUUUUGACUCCAGAUGCGGUUGAUUAUCUGAAUCGAAGGUAUGGAGAAGAUUAUGUGGAUGACACUGAGGCUGAUGAUGAAGAAGAAGAAGAAGAAGAAGAAGGCGGUGAAGAGGCAGAUGAGAAUACUGAUGCAGAACAAUGACAUUUUUCCCUCGGUUAACCUACAAACCAUUGCAUUUCACAUAGCCUGAAGAAAUUCUCUGCUUUGCCUAAAUCAACUUUGCUGCAGGCUAGGUUUGGUAAAUUUUUUUAGUGUUUUUUUUUUUUUUUGUAUCGUUUCACAUCUUUACAAAAUUGUAUCUAUUUAGUUCAUCGAUGUUCUAACAUUCUUUAAAGCAUUGCUUCCUGUUUUAUUCUUUAUUUGCAUAUUGCAUUUUGUUAUUCUUUACUUUAGAAAAGAGUUAUUAUGCUUGCCUGCAAUGGACAGGCAAUAUUGAGGUUCAAGUUAUAAAAUUCUAACGUCCUAAACCUGAAAUUUCAAAUGGAAAUAAUUGAUAGCAUGCUGGGAGGCGAAAAUAAACUAAAACCAGGAUAAUGCGUUGGUUUGGCCUUAGAAAUUCGGGUAGCUGUUAUCUAAAGAAUUAGUAAUUAGGUCUGACCAGAUCAACAAGUGUAAUUAUCAUUGUCUUGAAGCGGCUAGUGAUUGUUUGGAGGUGACUAAUAAACUCCAGGUAUCUACUUUUAUUCUUUGGUGCACCAGUCUUGGGAAUGGAUGAAUUAGAGAUAUCAAGGUGGUUUUCUACAAGUUUUGGACACUGGAAUUGCAGAAAGUAAGUACAUAGUACAGACAGAAGGAUCAAUUGUAGGUAAGAGAAUCCUGAAAAUUUUCUGUUAUAGAAACAGUUAUUCGGAAUAUAUUCUAGUUUGUGCUAAGGAAUUUUAUCUUCUAUUGUUGUCAAAAUUUUGAACUUAAUGAAGCGGAGGUUAAGAAAGAUAAAGAAAAUCUUGAAGUAUAUGCGGAAUGGAAAUUUAAAGAAAUUGAAGUGUGUAUAUGGGAACAACCUGCUUAUGUAAAAGCAAGAGAAUACUUGCAACAGACUUUGGCCCUGUUGUUUUUUCCUCCACUUUACGGUAGGGUGAGCUGCGCAGGUCUGGGGGUGAAGCCUCUGAUCCUGCACCAAAUGGGAAUGGCAAAAUAGCCGAGGCUGAUAGCAUUGAAAUAGUGAGGUAUAGAUUGAAAUUUAGGUUGAGUUGUCUUGCUGUUACUCUUGGAUGUAAAAACCCAUGGUGACCCAGCUACGAGUAUUCGGAGACUUAAGUGGCCGCCCGGCAUUUCUGGUUGGAAUUGGGGCCUCACUGUGCUGGGGAGGCACUUCCACCUGUGCCAAUGUGCCGUAAUUGACAUCUUACAUGUUGCAAGUUUAUGAUAUUAUUUGGAGGGAAACACGUAUUGUAUCUAUAUUCAACCUCUAAGUGGUGUUUAUUGAUAUGCUAUGCUGGCUGCAUAUAUCUGUUCUUUAGUAUAGCUUGUCCAGGAUGUGGCUCUUAAUGGAGUUUGACUUCCUAGCUCUCGUCUUCCUCUUCAGUCUGCUAUAGUAUGAUAUUUUGUGUCUAGAAUUCUGAAGUUCCUCAUAUGAAGAACCACUCUGGAAGGCCAUAGCAUUCAUCAUUUCUUUCAACUUAGAAGAGGGUUGGACAGCUGAGCCAACUCAUAGUGUAUCUCAUUGACGCAUGUAUUCCGAGUUUAGACUCAAAUCGGGCAGUCUUAAUUAUACAUAUCAUCAAUCAUCGAGUAAGUUGAAUUCAAUUUUGGCUGCUACCUGAUUAAAGUCUAUUUUAUUCCAAAAGAUCACGUGUUAAA